CCUCUGCUAUGCUCUUCGACCAAGUGUUGGCCGUGGAUGUCCCAUGUAUGUAGCGGUACGGUAACCCCGUGUGUGCCCGUGAUCGUGAUAGCUAGCACGGUUGUGGUGUGUAUAGCGUGCGUGAUAUGCGACUAGACUCGAUCGACUGUACUGUGGAAUUAUUUGUAUUGACUCGAUAGUAUAGUGGACCGUAUACCGUACCGCUGACUCGCUACCAAUUUCCGAGACUCUUGUCGACGAACUGCAAAUCGUAAUUGGACUAGAGCUUCCCCAAAAUUUCGGGGCAGUUAUUAGGGCUUAUUCGUCACCAUAGUGGUUCUACGGGAGACUAUGGGGGAUUACCUGUCCCCCAGAAAACAACAGGUAGUCGUCCGAUUGCGAGAGAGAAUUGAGAAAGUUCGGAAAGGAAAAGCGCAAUCUCUUCGAAUUUUUGAUUCUUCCACUCCUCAAAGGAGAGAACAAGAAAGGCAAGAUACACAAGAGUUUCAUCGACGAAUUAUUGAAAACAGAAACAAGAGAACUCCGAGGAAUGUGAAAGCACAAGAGAGUGGACAGUCUAAAGUAAAAUCUGAACCUAACGGGAACUGUUCAAAUAGCGAAAUGGGGCGAAAUCAACCCCAAGUUGUGAAAAAGGCGGUGGAUCGGAAACGACCCAAUCCCGAUUCUCCCAAUCGGACGGGGACGACGGAGGCGAUCAACCGAACCAGUGCCCUGAGUCUAGAGGCAAGCAGUUCAAGCAGCGGCGUUAGAGGAGAUGCAUCACCAGCUAAGAAGCCAUGUAUGGACAGCAAGCAGCAGCAGCUACCAGGACAGGUGCCCACACCGAACCAGUACGUCCAGCAACAAGAUCUCAACAGGAUGGGGGCCAACCACCAGGCACAGCCUACUGACAAUGGCGUCAACAACCAGAUGCCCGAGGGCGCGUCUGUGGCAGAUGGCGUCGAGGGGCUUGACUUGCUCAACGAUAUCGGCAACGAGGAUGAUUUCAUGCGUUUAUUGGAUGAUCCCAAUGGAACACAGUUGGAAGAGAUGAUGAAAUCCGGUCAGUUUAACCCUGAAAAUCUUUUGACUGAGCUGGCCAGGCUGGAAAAUAAUUUGAGUAUGCAACUUGGAGAAAUGCCCGACGUAGCCACUAAUUCACCUAGGAGUCAGGACCCAAAUAAACAAGGUGAUAUGAAACCUGACGCGGCUUCCAAAAAUGCAGAAUCUGGAGUGGUCCCCAAAAGUGAGAAUUCAGACUCAUAUGACCCCAUGAUGGAGGGGCCUCCAAAUACUGUAGCUACUGAAGCUUUGCCAAAAGGUGGGCCUUUGCCUAGUAUACAUGAAUUUAAACCAUCUACAGGAAAGAAUGUAUUGAUCAAACAAGAACCCCAGCAAAUCCACGCCUCACAGGCUCACAGACUCAAUGUGCAGCAGACAGCUGUAAGUACUGGUGCCCAGAACAUUGUACCCAAGGUAAACCAGCUAACUUCAAUGCAGGCCACUGCUACAUCAGCAGCAUCAGCAAUGAAUCCUUCAAUGAGAGGGUCAUUUGUGGGCCAACAAAGUGGUGUAUCGGGGCAGCAGGGAAGUUUCUUGACUGCUCAGCAGCAGCAGCAGCAAUUGAGUAGCAGGCAGUUUAUGCAGAAUCCCCGCAUGGCCAACAACCAACAGAGCCAACAUUCAAGGAUGCCCAAUCCAAGGCUCACUACUAAUAUGAACGCUUCCAUGUCAAGUGCAGACCAACUUACGCAAUUUGCAAAUAACUCUAUGCGAGGUCAAGGUCAGUCUACCGGGAGACUCCCAAGUAUGUUACAAUCCUUUAUCCAGGACCGUAGUCCAACCAUGGCCCUGUCCAGUGGCCAAGCAGGGACCAUGAUGCCCGGGCAGGCCUCCCAGUUUGUACAGCGUCCUCAGCAGCAACAGCGUAUGGCUAGCCCUGAAAUUCUCCAGAGGUUGCAGAAUCCACCCCAUUAUAAUGCCAAUGCAGAGCAAAGAAAGUUUGUGGCCAACUCGUAUGUCCAGCCAUCGCAGCAGAGUCAUAGCAUGCAGCAGCAGGGCAACAAUCAGAUGCUUAUUCCUAGACGUCCUCCGCCUCGUUAUGACGAGACACCGCACCGCAACUCCAUGGCAUUCCAAGGUCCUGUCAACCAAGGAAUGCCACAACAGCUUGGUCAGCAAGGAGCUAUGAUGACACACAUGGCAGGACAACCAAACAUUCGCUCAAUCGCGCCUGGCCAGAGUGUGCAAGCCCACCCGAACAACGGCAUGGCUGCAAGCGGAGGUAACCUCGCUACCCAUUCCGGUAUGAUGCAGGGGAUGACCCAGCAGCAACCGCAGCAACAGGGGAUGAUGCAUCGUCUAACCCCACAGAUCCGACGUCAGAUCAUGCAGCAGCAGAAUAUGCGUAGCAUGCAGCAAACUGCAGCCAUGGGUAACCAGAUGAACAUGGGAUCUGUUCCUCCUGGUGCCGUCAACAUGGGUCAGGCAGGGGUGGCUCAGUACCAGCAGCAAAGGCACCUGCCUGGCCAGUGGACGACAAACCAGCUCUUGCAGCAUCGGAUGCAACAGCAGACAAACAACUUCCAAGGUAACAACAUGAUGCAGCAGUCGUACCCGACGCAAUCGCGCUUCCCUCAAAGAAACGUCAUGGACUCUGGCUCCAACAUGAGAACUUUCCAGAAUAUCACCUCUCAAGGUGGUAUGAGCAAUGCUACGAAUACAAACCCUUCCAUUAUGACGCAGCAGCAAUUUGUAGGUCAGCCAACACAGUCCCAGCAACAGCAAGCUCAGCAACCGACACAACAGCAGCAACAGCAGCAUCAACAACAUCAACAACAGCAACAACAGCAGGGCACUAUGCAACAGCCUGUUCAAGGUAACUCCAUUGCAGCAGCCAUGCAGAACGGUUCUGCUGUGAGCGCAACAAACCAGACAUUCGGCAACAAUGCACAGCAAAUGCAAAUGGCCAUGAUGCCAGAAAGCAACAACCAACAGCAACAGCAGCAACAGCAGCAGCAACAACAACAACAACAACAACAACAAUCAGGCAGCACCGACAUGUUAGAUUUGCUUGACAACAUCAUUAAAAAUGACGGGCCUUCGAGAACAAAUAGUCACGUGUAGGAUAUAGCGAGAGAGUCCAGUGUGAUACAAAGAAUGAUCUGAAUUAUGAUGAUAGAUAUAUGGCUUUUAAAUGAUAUUGUAAGAAAGAAAAAAGAGAUUUGUAUUUAUAUGAAAAUAUGCAUGUUAACGAUUUAGAGCUGUAGAUACCACUAUUUAAGUGGAAGUUUUUAAAUUAAUAUAUGGGUCUCUGUCUCUGAGACUGUAUGGAUAGGAGAGAAUUUUUUUGUCAGUAUUGUCUUAUCUUUUCUUUGAUAUUGUUGUCUAGAACAAGUGGUGGUUGAACGGUCAUUAUCUCUAGAUAGGUGUAUUUGUGUAAAGGGUUUGUUAAAUAAGACUAUCAUGAAAUCUCAGGUUUUGAAACUUCAGUGAAUUGUUGUAUCACUGAUUUUUAACUUCUCAGUGAUUCUUCUAUAGAAAGGGACGUAGGGUUUCCUUUCGUAAUAAGUGCACACUCUUUUUGCUAGAAAACAGUUGCCUUUAACUUGAGUUUGAACUUCUCUUUUGAAGUGACUGUGAAAUUCUUUUUUCUGGUAUCGGACUAUACUAUAAGCACUGACUGACCUUAACACAUUAAAGAAAGCAUGGUGCAUUGUAUAUCUCUUUCCUAAGAUUAGAUAUCAUUUUUCUAUCUCGAAAGUCGAAAGCAAUCAAUAUUUUUAAUCCUGGAAGCAAAUAUUUUGUAUGUAAUGAGAUAUGCAGAUGUAUAUACUGAAAAUAGGAUAGUGGUCACAAAUAUUUAUUAUUUUGUUACUUUUUUUUUUUCUUCUUCCCUUUUUUCCAGAUCUUUGUACCCUAAAGAGAUCACAACCAUUGCCUUAAUGUAAAGAAUAAAGAAUCAACGAGAAAGAAAA